UUAGAAGAACCCCGAGAUCGAAAACUUCUCCCGUAAGACAUGAUAGCACAUUGGGGUCUAGACUGGAUACAAGAAACUCUUCGUUAACACUCCCCCCAUAUUCAUUUGGGGCAUCUAGUGCUGAUAUUAAUUCUUCGCCAGAGUAUUCCUUCACGCAUUGUCUUAACGAUCGUCUGACCCCCGCCUAAGGUAUGUACCACCCAGCCUGAGCCAUUCCCGACCCGUCGGGUUAUACAGUAGUUCAGUGCCGGCUGGCAGCCUGUGGGGUGUACCCGCCGUCCUGGAGAAAGGGGUACUCCUAACCAUGUAUCCAGGACUGGGCAACCACCAGUAAUUACCGCCACACUACAUCUCCUCCACACAGCAGCAACAUGUGCUAAGUCAGACGGACUACAGGACGACGGUAUAACAACCGCAGAAAAUGACUAUCCACCAAUCUUCUACCACACCUGUGUGAAACAGCGAGAGGAUUUUGUAUUUUGACAUCACCGCCGAACCAAGUCAAUAACAGUAUCAAAAUGUCGUACAGUAGAUACAAGGGUUCGAACUAUUCCCAAAACAGAGGAAAUAAGGAGAGCAAACGAUCGUUCGGGCCUUCAAAACGCAGCUCGCUGAAGGAGAGCAAACGCUUGUACUCUUCCACACCCAACGAAAUGGGGACAGGCAGAGGGUACACACCGUCACGGAGCUACAGCUACCAGGGUGGAAAUUACGGUCUAGGGUCCUCAAACUACGGACACACAAACUAUGAGUCUCCACAGAGAAGGUAUUCUUCAAGUUACGAGUCUCCUCAGCGCCGGUAUUCAUUCAGUGGAGGUGGGGACAACAAAGGCGGAGGGUCAAUCCGGGACAGAUUCAGUUUUUGGGCAAACUUAGACAAAGGUUACUCGUCAUCUUUAGACAGAUCGUAUGGUAACACAGAUCGAUAUUCAUCGCUAGACAGGUACUCCACGAAGAGUGCCAGUUCUGAUCCUUAUGGCAGGAAUUCCGGGUAUAUGUCAGAUUUUGGAGGUAGUGUCAAAUCGUAUGCCUCCUUCGACCGCGGAUCGCUUCGGUCCGGAAAGAGUUAUGGCAACAUGUCUGAGCGAGAAGGGUCUCCUUACAGCAGUAGGUCAUCCCGAUAUGAUUAUGGGAGCAGUGUGUCUCCUUACUCUACUUUCAACAAACAUGAGAAACCUACGAUUAAGCGAAGUUACAGUUACGAAAAACCUCCGUCGGUCGAUUACUCAAGGCCGAUAUCACGCCCAGCUUCGAGUAAGUCAAUACCGUACAGCGUCAGCAAGUCGAAACCGAGAGAGGAAAGGGAUGUCUAUAAAAUUAACCAAAGAAAUACGCGAAAAAAGCGCGGUGAAAUGACCUCCACAGACUCUGAUGACAGUGCGCCGGAGGCAGACAAAGCCGAUCCUACUGUGAAAUACAUGAUGUGUCGCGGCACAUUACCCAUGGGAGAGGAUGAAAGCAGAAGGUCAAAACGAGAAAAUGCAGACAAAGAGAAAAAGAGAAUUUCGCGGACCAAACGCGUCCGAAUUCACCGAAAGGACGUUCGUGUUGACAGAUACGGACGCGUGGUUCCGACUAACCUUCCAAAGCCAAUGCUUGUAGACUGUGCUGUGCAGACAAAUGUGGACCGUGACAGUCGUCGAGAGCGCAUCAUGGCGAUGGCAGCAGCGGCGUUAUCAAACGACAAAAAAGGUGCACCACAAAACAACUUCAGCCAGUACAAAAAUAGGUUCUUGGAAAAAGUACCAGAGCCCGAGCCCGAUCCUCCACCGCGGAAGAAACGAGAGGAGAAUAAUUCGAAACGCCGGAACAUCGAGGGGUCAACUAGUGACGCUCUGGGCAACGAGAAAUCUUGGAGGCAGUCUGUGUACGGGGAACCGAAGCAACCUUCUCGCUCUAGACCACAGAGUUACGUGGACGAUACCGACACGGAUAUGAGUGUAAUAGAUGACGAUAGAAAUAGACGAAGAGACAGGUAUUCGAAGCCUCGGGGAAGAGAACGCGAGACUGACAUGUCUGAGUACAGCGCUGCUGAAGACAAUUACCCGCGCUCUCACAGGUCGCGGGGAUCCGGAAUUAACCGGUCCAACUCCAGGGAGGAUAGACUAGACGAGAGGUCAAGCCGCAGCGAUAGGCGCAGAGCUGAUCUGACGCCAGAAACCUUGAGUAUGAAGGAGAGCAUCGACAAGGUACAGAAGUGGAAACAACAGCUGCCUUCUCCCACCAUGGACUUUGGCACAGACUAUACCAAAGCUCCUCAGAGGAACUCCGGCUCGCGUUCAUCCAGGCAAUCGGAGAGAGAACCGUCCCCCGACAGAGGGCGCCACAGGUCAGGCGCCUCUGACUCGCGGAGGGGAAGGCUGGCGUCCCGACAUGGGUCAAAUGAAAGUGUCUUCACCACACAGGAUGAGGAAAUGAUUGGAAGGGAUCCACUGCUACCGAACAAAGAUUUCAGGAAAUCAAGUCUUAACAAAGCGGCCGAACAAAGAGAAAGACAGCGACGACACAUUGAACAGCUUCAACGGCCGUUUGAACGCGAUCAGUCUCCCAACGAACCUCAUCAGAAAAGCAGUCGUCAUGGGAAAGGUAGCAAACGUAACUCCGGUAGUUCUUCUGAUGCAUUUUCCAGGGACGGUUCUCCUAACGCACGGUACAUGCCAUCAAGACAGUCCGACCAGCGAAGCGUCCGCAGGGACAGCUCUAGGGAGGAUCUUCUUGAUGACAGAGGAAGUCGGCAAAGAAGCAGUGGAUCUCGUUCUUCGCGUCGGGAUGGAUACGACGACGACCGCACAGGUUUCUCCAGGGAAGGUUCGCCGAACAGAGGGCGUCGUGGUUCAAAUCGCCAAAACUCCGUUGACGACUCCAGGCGACAUGACAGACGAAGUGGUCGAUACGACAGUGACCGUGAUUACGACGUUCGAGAGGGACGCCCUUACCCUGGCAGACAUAAUGAGUAUUACAGACAACAAUCUCAGGAAGACCAGCGAAGGGGCAGGGGCAUGAAACCUUCAGCAUCCACACAAUCUGUCGCCAGCAAUGGAUCCUUACCUGACCUGGUCCCUCAAGGGUCAGACGCAGAUGUCAGCAGCUCUGGAAGGUACACCCGGGAUCGCCGAGGAAAUAUUCUCGAUGCUCCAGUACCCGCAGUUGGACACCCACCCUUAGAACCACAGUCUUCUGUCGAAGAAAAACGUCUUGAGCGUCAACAGAGGAGGGAAGCUCUGGAGGCCAUGAUGAAGAAGAUUGAAGAAGACAAAAAGAACAAACCAAAACAGCAAGUCAGGAAUUUUGCGUUCGAUGUAUUUAGCCAAAAGACAGCCAAGGAAGAAGAAGAGCAGAAACGACGAGAAAUAGAAAUGGAGGAGAGAAAGAAAAAGCGUGCCGAAGCGCUGGCGGCGAAGCAAGCAGCUUUAGAGGAAGAACGACAGCGACAAGUGCAACAACAGCGCCUUAUUGAAUUCGACUCUCCGCCACCGGAACCAAACGAUCCGCGCCAAUCCAUGUUAAGUAGGGCCAAUCAGCAGUCUAUGUAUCAACAGAAACAACAACAGCAGCAGCAACAGCAACAACAACAGCCAGCACAGCAAAAGGGUAUUGGUUCACGACAACAACAACAACAACAAGCCCAGCAACAACAACAACAACAAGCCCAGCAACAACAACAGACAGCCGGCCAACAACGACGAUCUUAUCAGCAGUACCAACCGACUGGCAAGGGAGCACCCGCGGCCACGGACAAGCAGGGCACCCGGAAACCACCGACUGCUGCCCAGCACAUGCGCGCUCUUCUGCGUGACAAACGAGGCCGGGUGACCAUCAGGGACAUCCUUACUCUCUGUGAAAAGGAACAUGGCGAACGGCCUCUCCUACCAAUGAUGAACGAUGUGGAUGACGCUAACUUCAAAGGGUACAAAACAAUUACGGAAAUGCUGGACGUCAUGGGUGUCGAUGCUAAAAAGCUUGAUGACUGUGCCUUACAAAUUUACAAAUACAACAAUUCUCAAGGGGACUAUGGCACAUACCUGGAUUUAGAAUCCCCACUUGACGAGCAAGCUGAUGAACUAGAGGGAUUCCAAGACCAGAGAAAGAAUGCGCUAAUCCUGAGGACCCAGCUGUCUGUUAGAGUGCACUGUGUGAUCGAAAAACUUUUGAACUCCACAGGCAGAGAAUUAAGACGUGCCUUAUUCUCUCUCAAGCAGAUUUUUCAGGAUGACAAAGACUUGGUGCACGAGUUUGUCAACAACGAUGGGCUUGAUUGCCUUAUUAAGGUGGGGGCAGAGGCCGACCAGAAUUACCAGAACUAUAUCCUUAGAGCCUUGGGGCAGGUUAUGCUCUAUGUGGAUGGGAUGAAUGGCGUGAUUGCUCACAAUGCUACAAUACAGUGGCUGUACUCCCUGCUUUCUUCAAGGUAUCGGCUGGUGAUCAAGACAGCCCUCAAACUGUUACUGGUCUUUGUGGAAUACACAGAAUCUAACACUCAGCUUCUUCUGCAUGCUGUGAAUGUGGUGGACUCGAGGAGAGGUGCUAAACCGUGGAGCAAUAUCAUGAACAUUCUGGAGGAGAAAGACGGAGGAGACUCUGAACUUUUGGUCUAUACCAUGACACUUGUGAACAAGGUAUUAAAUGCUAUCCCUGACCAAGAUGCCUUUUAUGAUGUGACUGAUGCUCUGGAAGAACUGGGAAUGGAAAAGGUCACCAAGAGACACUUACGAAGGAAAGGAACAGACUUGGACCUUGUCACACAGUUUCAGAUUUAUGAGGCUUCCCUUAAACAUGAGGAUGGUCAAGAUAAUGUGAAACAAGUAGAAAAUCUAAGGCAGACGCCAAGGAUAAGAAGUGAAGAAGAAAUGGGCCGCAAAAGUCGACGAUACUCCUCAGGUACUCCGCCGUCUCAGCAAAGGUUACAACAGCAACAAGGUCGUCCCUUGCCAACACAGUAUGAAACAAAACCAGAAGACGAGUACAGGGACAGGAGGAAUAAGGCCAAAGAAGGCAUGCAUCUACCACCAGACAAUGUGGAAAGCGAUAGGUUACGUGCUCAAAAACAGAGAGGCGGUCCCCAUCAGGAUGAAUCUCCACCCUCUUCUCAAAACACAUCCCCCAGAUCAAAUGCUAAUCAACUAUCCCCUCGUAACAGACGUGACCGUCAAACCCGUCAGAAAACUCUGAUCAUGGAGCUACAGGAGUGGCAGACAAACAGACGACACCAGCUCAAAAGUGGAUUGGUCGAAGGUGAUGCCAAUGGCGACCAUUUUAUAGCUGCCUCCACCAAUAAUCUCUCUUCUUCUGUCCCUCAUGCUUCUGACACACCUGUAGAAACCCCAGAGACAAGCUCAGAAUGUUCCCCGCUUAACGGGAGUUCAGAGAGCUGUGAUUUGGUUGAAGAGACUAUUCCCUACAGCAUCACACAAAGGCGACAGGAGACCUUUAACCGGCAGAAUCAACACAACCAAUCGAUUCGUACCAAGAUGAAAAACCUGGAGGAUUUACGUAGAGACUUGCAAGAGCGGAAAAAUCGACGCAGACGAAGUGCUGCUGAACAGCCCGUGUUUCCCACGAGGGAAUCACAGUCGCAUGCUAGCCCCGUGUGUAAUGGGAACGGGCAGGGUGAAAUAUCCCCACGGCAAACUAGCAGAAACAACAACAACAGGGGUCAGUUUAACACAAACAAUGGUUAUCAUUCCGACUUGUCUCAUCACCCGAAUGUGCCGCACGGAUCUUAUGAUAAUAAUAAUGACAAUAUGAACGGCCACAGUAACGGCCAAAGUGCAAUAACCCAAGAUUUCCGUGUGCGACAAAAAGACGCUAUUAGACCUGCAUUCAUUAACCUAGAAGGUGAAUCUCCGGAGCUGGCUGUGGACGUUCAGGAGUUGAAUUGUAGAUUACAAACUGUCCCUGCCAGAGAGCCUGACACUGUCUCCAUGGCCAGCACAUCCAGUACAUUAAGUAGUUUGUCGGCUCCACAAGAUAUCUCCAAACGAACUUCGUUCAGUUCGCUGAGUGAUGUGGAGUCAUUAGAUGAUCAAAGUUUGAUCAAUCAACGAAGGAAUCGGUUUGAGAAGAGUAACUCUAUGGCAGAAGAGCAAAUGACACCUCACCAUAGGAAUCAAGACUCAAAGGAAUCUGGGUACGUAAGCACCGAUGAUGUGGGGGCGCCUCAGAAACGCGCUCAGCAGAAGCGACGUGAGAUGGAAGCUCACAACAACGCCAUUAAUAACAGCAUGAAUGAGGAGAGCGAGAACCAGAAAUGGCUCUUGUACCGAAUGUCCCGCCCCAGUUUGGAUGAUGCUAGCGAAGAUGUUCACCCAGCCCCUCAGGCAGUCCCUCAGCCAUUGGCCCAUCUUCAAGGCAAGAUGCAGCAUGGUGGCUACAGAGAAGACGUUCCCGAGCCCCAGCCAGCUGCUCCUGCAGAAAGGGGAAGUGUUAAGGACAGGUAUGGCCCCCAGGGCCCCGCACAACCCGAUGUAGAGCCCCAGGGUCCAGCAGGUCCAUCAGGGGAUCGCAGUGGAAUGAUAAACAAGGCGAAGGAUUCGUUUGCUGGGAAACAAGGUGACACAAUUGCUACGAAGCAGCUGCGGUCCUCUGUGGGCCAGAAACAACCUAGCCAAGAACAGUUGCAGGAAGUCAAAAAGUCAGAGAGUGACAUCCUCUGGGAGCAGCUUCAGAAGAAGUUGAAACGCCCGUUGAAAAUCAAAAACAUGGACUUCUCUGAUUUGAGGGAAGAAGAAGCUGUGGAUGUUUUCGCACCUCAGCCGCCUGCUCAGAUGUUAGGCGGGGUACCUCCACCACCUCCCAUGAUGGGAGGAAUCCCGCCUCCACCUCCUCCGCCAAUGAUGGGUGGUGCUCCACCACCACCUCCCCCACCCCCAGGCGCUCCACCACCACCCCCAUCGUUUCCUGGCAGAUCUGCUGCCCCAGUAGAGAAAGGUCCCCCUCCCCCAGGGGCUAACCUUAAGAAGAACAAGAAAACAUUAAAACUCCACUGGAGAGAACUUCAGAACAAUGUACCACAUCCAGCCACCCAAGGAGACACAAUCUGGAAGGAAGUGGUCAAAGUGCCAAUCAAGUUAGAUGUGGAUCGCCUUGAACACCUCUUUGAAUCAAAGACCAAUGAAAUGAAGGCAAAGAAACAAGACCAGAACAAGAAGGAGAUUACAGUUCUGGAUGCUAAGAGGUCCAAUGCCAUUAACAUUGGUAUGACAAAGCUACCUCCCCCACGUACCAUCAAGACGGCCAUCUUGAAGAUGGACAACACCAUCAUGAGCAAGGAAGGCAUCGAGAAAAUCCUGGAGACAAUGAUCCCCACAGAGGAAGAGCGCAACAAGAUCCAGGAUGCCCAAAUGGCCAAUCCCGACACGCCUUUGGGCACCGCUGAACAGUUCCUCCUUAUCUUAUCCUCCGUCAGUGAACUGGAGGCCAGACUGCAACUCUGGCAAUUCAAGCUUGACUAUGAGAAUAUGGAACAGGAGGUGGCUGAGCCAUUGAUGGACCUGAAGCAAGGAAUUGAGGACCUGAUUGAAAACAAAACCUUUAAGUAUAUCCUGACCACAGUCUUAGCCAUCGGUAACUUCCUAAAUGGAGCUACGUCACGGGCAUUUUCGAUCGAUUACCUGUCCAAGGUACCUGAGGUAAAAGACACGGUCCAUAAACACUCCUUGCUUCACCAUUUGUGUACCAUCGUCUUGGAGCAGUUUCCAGACAGUACGGACCUCUAUUCUGACAUUGGGCCAAUUGCCAGGUGUGCCAAGGUGGACUGGGAGGAACUGGUAAAGAAGUUAGACAAGAUGGAGUUCCAGUGUAAACGCUCAUGGGAUCAUCUCCGAGCCAUCGCCAAACAUGAUGGCAGUUAUGCAGUCGCAAAAACAAGGAAUGCGGAGUUUCUGUCUGAUGCCGCUGAGAGGAUCAUGGUGUUACAGAUGGUGUACCAGCGAGUCAUGAACAGGUAUAGCAAGCUAUUGUUGUACAUGGGACUGCCUGUACAUCAGGCCAAGGACACAAAGAUCAACUAUUUCUGUAAGAUCAUUAGCGAGUUUGCUCUGGAGUUCCGCACGACAAGGGAGAAAGUUCUACAACAGAUGCUGAAGAAGGAGAAGCAACGAGAGAGGAAGAAGACCAGGGGCAAGAUGAUCAUGGAUGCGGAGUCGUACAAGCGUGGGGUAGAGAGCGAUGACGCCCUGUCGAAACUCUUGGCCAAUGGCUACACCAGUGCCGAAGAUGGCUCCUUACCUGGUCAGAAGUCUCGCAGAAAACUAGGUUCACUGAGUGGUUCAAGGAGCUGUCUGACAACAGAUUCUGAAUUCGAUACGGGUGAUGAUGAAAUCUUAGAGGCUUGUGUUCGUACAGCCACAAAACCAAUGAGUAGAGCACCAAGGCAACGAAAACGAGCGGGAAAUCAGCGGAAAUCUUUCUAUGAGAGUGAGUGAGUGACUUGGGCUCUAGUACGCCGUACAUUAAAAGGAGGUUUGGAUGAGGAAGAAAAGCAGGCAGUGGCGGCCUUCUCUGACGUCGUCUGAUGAAAAGAUGCCCUUCCUCCAUCUCGCCCACGUCUCAUCGCCCUCAUCAUUCUGUCGUCAUCGCAUUUUGCCAUCCGUCGGCUGCCCAUCUUUUAACAAACCUCCCAGAACCAGUGUUGAAAUAGUUGUAAUCGAAUAUCUGGUAUCCCAGAACCUAUAGUUUAAUCCCUGAUGAAGGGAGAUAACUAUGGUACACCUAAUUGUUCAUGGAAAACAAGGACAUGCUAACAGAAAAGUUGUCUCAAGAAUAGCUCGUUUUAGAACAACAACAUGUUAACACAAAGGUGCUUCUGGGAAAUUUUGUCUCAGGAGAGUACCAACACACCAUUACAAAGUGUGUCAACCAUAUGCAAGAACAGUAUAUACAAUACAGAAUAUGCAGCAAUUGUGGGCCUUUGGUAAUAUUGUUAUCUACGAAAUCUAAAUGUGCUAGUCAACCUGCAUGAUACAGAAUGGGAAAUGUUGACAUAAAAUUUGCACAUAUAACUGUAUUUUAAAUUGAUUUGUACUACAGGAGGAUAUUUUGUGGAUUUUCGUUGAAAGAUGGGGGGCUUCCAUUAUUCAGAUUGCCUUUGAUCAAAUCGUUUCAUUGUUUCAUUUAGAAAAUUUAUAACUUUAGACUCAUUUACAUAUUUUAAGGAAUUUUCUUGGAUGUACAUGUUGUUAAGUAUAAUAUUUUAUUAUUAUUAUUAUUAUUAUUAUUAUUAACAUUGCUGCUACCUUUGAUCUGAUUUCAAAAGCAUAGGAAACAGUUAAAGUUAAUUUUCAUGUUUUAAGUUUGGAAUUUUCAAUCUGGACGUAAAAUGAAUCUAGUUUAAGUAAAUUGUCCUUCACUAGAAAUGUGUGACUGAAAGACAGGACUAUUUGACAUGUGACACGGGCACUACUUUCAGUUUCAUUUUCCAGGUUGUGCACAUGUACCUGUAAAUUCAUAGGCGGCGGGCUGCUUGUUUUCACUUUACCUGAGCUGUGAUAUAUAGAAGUUCUUUCAAGCUUAAUGAGUUGUGAUUGGUUGCUUUGUUAGAUAAUCAAGGUUGUCUUAAUAUUCCAACAGAGUUUAAAGAAUGUAGUGAAAUCUGCUAAAGUUUAUGUGAUUGUUUUCUUUUAAGAGCGGUUUGAGUCCUUUGAAUUGAUGCUAAAGAACGAUGAAGUUGUUGAUAAAAAUAUUAGCGUCUGUCUCUCAUUCUGCUUUCACUUAAGUGCUGCAGAUCAAUUAUUUAGGGACAAUUUGCUAGUCUCUACAAUCUAUCUUUAUCAUUUUUAAUCACUAGAAAGCAUAGCUGCAUCAUUACCUUAUUUGCUUUAUUCAUGUGUUUGAAUUUUUUUGUGACAGUAUUUUUUAGCUUUAAUGCUCAAACAGCCACCCAAAAUGUAUCUGCUGGUAUGGUAACUACGGUAGAGUGUGACACCAGCAUUAGAUCUCAUAGCUAUAUUAUUCUAAUUUUUGUCUACUCUGGAUGCUGAUUGGUCAGAUGAAUUGACCAGUGCUAGUCAUUGUCACAGCUGCCUUUAGUCAUGUGUAGAUAUAUGUCACUGCUUGCCUGCUUAUACAGAACAAUUUAUGUAGAUAACAUUGAAUCAGGCUCUCUAACUAACAUUAAUUGACAUCUUGUUGAGAGAUUCUGAGAGUCUGAUGUUAUGCUGACUGUUUGCUUACUGAUGUUAAGGUAUCCAUAGUAGGCUAGCAUGAUAAGAGAGAGCUGCCAUAUCUUUCAAGGAAUCGUUAGAACUACACCUUGCCAGACUUGCUGAAAUGCUGAUCAGUCUUUCACCACCUUUGAAACCUGUCAAAACUUCUCUCUCAACUCCUUCCCCAUGAAUUUUGUCCCAUAUAUUGUUUGGAUUUCGUUAAACAUUAUUUCGAAUUCACUUUACAUCUGAUGUAUCGGGUUGUUAAAUUAUUUGAAUUUCAAGGAUUUUUUUCUUUUAAGUUUAGAAUUAUUUUUCAUCGUUGUUAGAAUAUUUGUCACACAGUGAGCCUUAUUUUCUCACUAAAGCAUGACUAUUUUUUGAAUUUUAAAAUACAUAUAUCUUUAACUAUAUGCAAAUUGCUGCUGGUUAACCAUUUGCAUUAUGUUCACACGUGCUGAUUUUAAGAAUUUCAAAAGGAAGACAUUUGUACCCACCGUAUAUAAACCUCAAAUUAGAAAGGGUUUUUUUUUUAUUUGAGUGACUUCAGUUAGAGUUACCUCCCUUGUCACAACCGAAUGAAUCAAAGAGAAUGACCGUCCAGUGAAUGGAGCCCCACGAGCCUUCUGGUUAAGGAUGAAUCGGAUAACCUACCCACGGAACUUUCAGAUACUAGACACCCAGUCCUGCCAUAUAUAGAGGAUGUCCUGUACAUAGACUUUUAGACUGUAAAAUAAACAACUUGAACAGUUAUUGAAA